GGCAAGACAGCAGGUCAUGUCACCGGUCAUGUGUGCUGCUUUUCUUUCCUAGACGCAUCACAAGGACAUGGGUGAAGUGAUCGGCUUUUGAAGUGUUUUUUCCCCUCGGAUUUGCCAGAGCUACCUAAAGGUGAACUGCAGAGAUGCCUAGUGAGAAGGGACGUGUGGAAAUUCCUAUGAUUAUGUAUGAACCUCGUCAGGAACCCUAUGCACCAGAACCCUCCACACCAGAGUACUGCAGCCAAGAGGGGGGUUAUGAGUAUCCUUCUCCCCCACCUUACUCCUACCGAGAAACAACGACCAUUGAGCAACCAGUUUACUUGGUGUCUCAGCCUCCGAUCAUUGUAGCAGGAAUCUUCUCAAGCAAACCAACAUCCACAAUAUGCCCUUCCUGCCGCCAGCACAUCACCACACAGGUCACCUACAGACUGGGCAGACUGUCCUACCUUCUGUGCACCAGCUUGUGUAUGGUUGGGUGCUGUUUUGGAUGCUGCUUCGUACCUCUCUUUGUAAGGAUCUUCAAGGAUGCAGACCAUUACUGCCCAUGCUGCCAAUUUCAUAUUUAUAGAUACAAAAGACUAUAGAAACAAAAUUUAUGCAACCAGAUGAUGUCAAGUCUCUCUUUCCUAAUGGCACAAGAUUCUACAGAUAAAACUACUGCUAGGAAACAUACAGGAGUAGGCUUAGGAUCUGCAACUCCUUUGCCAGUGAAUCCAUCUGGAGUUUACCAUCAUGUGGUUGGACUGACUUUAAAGCAAAAAACUUUGAAGACUAAUUUACAGUGUCACUUGAGUUUAUGCUCUAUUUGAAUCGUUGUCCUGAGCAGUGAAGUGACCAGCGCUACUAAUCCUUCUCUCAAAUCUCCAACCCAGCUGGAACACAGACUCUCCUGGACUUUUCAACAUACCAGUAACCGAAAGGUUGUGACAUGCACGUUUUAGAGAAGCACUUACCUUCCAGAUGCACUGGAACUGACCAGUCAGGAUUUCAUUUCUCUCUGCUCUUCUUCAUAUGGGACCUACCCUCGCAGGGCUGCAGGUGGUACAGCGUAGCUGAUUAUUUAUUAAUGAAGCACUAAGUUAUAAGACUGUCUUUACUGUGU